UAUUCACUACCUUUCACAAAAAAAGAAAGAAAAGAGUAAAGCAUUUUUUCGAAAAUGUCUAAAGCAUAUACAACUACAUUAGCUUUAGCUUGCAUUUUCGCUACCUUUUCUGGGUCGUGCAAUGGUGCAUUACAAGUAGGGUUCUAUCGAGGAAAAUGCCGCACGGUCGACGUGGAGGCGAUUGUGGGUGGUGUUAUCAGAGCAUGGUUCUCUAGGGAUCCUACAAUUGUAGCUGCUCUCCUCCGCAUGCAGUUUCAUGAUUGCUUUGUCAAUGGGUGUGAUGCAUCAAUCCUGUUGGAUGGAAAUAAUUCAGAGAAAACUGCAAUCCCUAAUCUGAGUGUUCGAGGCUAUGAAAUAAUUGAUGCAGCCAAAGUUGUAGUGGAGUCAAUCUGUCCAGGAGUGGUUUCUUGUGCUGAUAUCAUUGUUAUGGCCACUAGAGAUGCUGUUGCCCUGAGUGGAGGAGGGAGAUAUAUUGUACAGACAGGAAGAAGAGAUGGAACAGUGUCCCUUGCUAAUAAUGUGAAUCUGCCGGCUCCUUCAAUAUCAGUAUCGAAUUCCAUUAAUGCUUUCAACAAGAAAGGACUUAAUUCUAAUGACAUGGUUUAUCUUCUUGGUGGCCAUACGGUCGGAAUCACUCAUUGUUCGCUCUUUCGAGAUCGUCUCUACAACUUCCAGAACACAGGGAAACCUGAUCCAACCAUGGAUACCACACUACUAAACACAUUAAAAAGAAGAUGCCCACAGAAUUCAACUGUUGAUAACCCAGUUAAUCUUGAUCAAAACCCUUUGAGCUCAAUGACUGUAGACAAUUCUUACUACAGACAAAUCAUUUUACGUAGAGGAAUUCUCCAAAUUGAUCAAGAACUAGCCCUUGAUCCAUUAACCAACCUCACAGUUGCAGCCAUUGCUAAAGGGUUUGACUUUUCGACACGAUUUGGACAGGCCAUGGUCAAGUUGGGUGCAGUUGAAGUACUCACGGGUGCACAAGGAGAGAUCAGAAGAUCAUGCAGAGCCAUUAACACGCCUUUGAAAAAUUAGGGUUGAUUUGAUUAAUCUUGACCUAAUAUUUCAGCUCCUUUUUUUUUUUUUUUGGUUGUGUGUGUGUUCUUCUACCAUUUGAAAUUUGUUUUGUUGAGAUCAGAUGUGAGUUUUUUAGUUUAAAUUCCAUAUUUAUUUGUAUUGAGUUUGUA